AAAUGUUAUCUGAAGAAAGACAACUUUCAGAAUAAGAUUAUUGAGGUGUCUGUGUAGAGGAGCGUUAAAGUGGAUGUAAACUCCAGGCAUUAUCAGCUGAUGGAUUCAACACAAUUCUCUACUCAAAAUAUGCUGGUGACAAUCAUUGCCUGAGAAAAUAUGGCACUGAAGCAGCCUGAGAGGUGAAAGCGGAUUCUGUGAUUCUGGCCAGUUCUGUGACUUAUUGUGUGAGUAAGGAAGGGAAUAAUUUAUUGGACAUGUCGUCAGGAUCAGGGGAGAUCACUCCCAUUGACCAGGGAGCAGUUGGAGGUCAAGAUGAUGAUGGGGCCAAAGUCACAUUUGAAGAUGGAAGAGGUGAUGGGAAGAAAAAGAAAUUCAAACCUUUGGAGAGAAUGUUUAAAUUUUUUAAGAGUGGAAAGAAGCGUUCCAAGUCCAAGGAGAGGGAUCCUAAUAUUGUUUCUGUGAAAUCCAAGUCUACUAGUGCUUUACACAAGGAGGUUCCUCAUGGGGAGGACGACGAAGAGGAUGGCGGAUUUCAGCGUGUGCCUCUCGGGGGAACUCGAAGUAUAUCAGAAGACAGUGUGUUUAAUCCAGAGCAACGAGAUCUGACAGGCAUGCGCAAGACUGCAGUAUCUAUGGAGAAUAUCAAACAGGAUUUUAGGGUUCUUGUGAUGGAUAGUCAUCGUAUGUACCUUCCACCACCUGCUGAAGGGAAACCUGGCGGUCAGGACUCAAGCUUAGAAGCAGAUUUGACUGAGGAUGUUCUCUUCAACACCAGCUGGCAAGAUUCUGUAGGAGGCACAAAAUCGUCAAAGACUGCUAAUUCUCCAGGUACGGCAGUCGACAUGGAUUUAAAUGCUGUGAAGUUAGACACUAAGAUGCUGGACAGUGAGGCUGCUAAACACAAGAUUUCUGUCAAACCAAGGUCGCGUCGGGCAUCCAGUCAACGUGCCAGGACGAAACCAUCAGGUGGAGCAAGUGCUUUGCCACUUCUGAAGGAGGAAUCUCCACCUAAGGAAGUUGCAUCACCAGUAGAAACAGUAGCAGCACCACUGGAAGAUCAGAAACCAGUGGAGCCAAAGCCUACCAAAGAACAGGUCAAGGUCAUUGAUGUAGAAGCCAAGGUUGCUCCAGUGGAGAGCACUUCAACCAAACCAGAAGAACAGGAACCUGUGAUUACUAUCAAGGAUAAUAAAACUAGUAUCCAGAUCGUAGGUAAGGAUAAGCCUAAUGCUGAAGUCCAGACAGUUAGUCCGUCAUUGGAGGCGGACACUGGAGGAAGCCCUAGCAAGCGAUGGAGCAUGACAGAGAGUGAUAAGGACAAAAUGCCUGGUCUUCCUGUCAGUCCUGUGGCUCUGGGUGCUGUCAAACUCAGAACCAGGCCUCGUCCUAAGAGUCUGAUUGAGCCCCCACAACUUCCUCAGCCCAGUGGGGAUGAACUGGCUAAGGCUUUCAAUAAACGCCUGUCUGUUCGAAAGGAAAGAACAAAUGAUGAAUUCUCAGAAGAUUUCUUGGAAGUUAAAAAGGAAUCAGUUGAUGUAACACCAGUUGUGCAGCCAUCUGAUGGCAAAAAGACAUCACCUACAGGUGCUGCCCCUUCAACAGGGGGAAUAACUUACGUGUUGAAGAAGGAACCCUUAAGAAAGACAUCAUCAUCAGAGAGUGCUAAAACUCCGCAGUUGAAGGCAGUUUCUGAGGAGCCAAAUAAAGAUGACCAGUCAAAGCCCAAGCCGACUGAAACUGAAGCAGAAUCUGUGAGAGUUGAAGUGCCCAAGAAAGACAUUGUACCUCCUUCUGUACAGGAAAAAAGUAAAUCUUUGUCAAACAAAUUGGCUUCACCGCGCGAAGAGUAUAGGUUGAAAAGACAGUCCCGCAGUAAGACGUUGCCUGUGCAACCAGUUUCACAGGAGUUCUUGGAUGAAAAGGCUAAUGAGAAUGCUGCAGCUACCAGUAAUUUAAGCCAAAGUGUAAAACAGGAAGCUUCAGACAAUAAAACAGACAUGCUGUCUUCUUCUCUGUCUAAAAAGCCAGAGCCAAAACGUUCAUCUUUGAAAGAGACAAGUAAUGCUGCUGAACCUUCAUGGUUUGCUUUGGCCAGGCGGAAACAGGCUGACUCAGAAAAAGAAGAAACCAGUGAUACAAAGAAGGAAAAUUCACCACCUGUUGGGGCUAAAGUUAACCCAUUACCAUCCUAUGCAGGAGCCAAAACAACCCCUUUACAAUCCUCAAUAGGGGCUAAACCUACACCAUCACAAUCCUCUGUGGGAGCUACACCUACACCUUCACAGUCCUCUGUGGGGGCAAAACCUACACCUUCAAAGUCCUCUGUGGGGGCUAAGCCUACACCUUCACAGUCCUCAAUAGGGGCUAAACCUACACCUGCACAAUCCUCUGUAGGUGUUAAGCCUGCCCCUGUAUCAGCAGGGGAAAAGCCUUCUCCAGGACAAUCAUCAAUAGGAACAAAAACAAACCCUUUGGCGGGUAAAAAACCAAGCCCUACAGAUACUACAAAUACCUCUAGUGCUACCAAGGAGGGGUCAGUACGGAGCUUUAGAGACAAAAUGGCUGAAAAGUCUGAGAGUGCCCCCUUUAACAGGGGCAGUGUUAAAUCCUCAGGGGUCUCUAGUAAGGAAGAAAAGGAGAAAAUAAAUGGGAACAAAAAAGCUCCUGAAACAAAGAAGGAACCAGAACCUGUACAAAGGACACUGUCAAAUAGAUCAAAGUUUGAAGCAAAGAGUUCUACAACUGGCAGUGGUAGUCAAGCAUCAAUGUCUUCCUCGUCUUCUUCAACUUCUUCUGUUCCAGCAUGGAAAGCAAAUUUGGCGAAGAAGAAGGAAAAGGAACCACAAAUCAAAAUAGAAAUCAUUGAAAAGAAAACUGAGAAACCAGUUAUUCCAAAGAAACCUACCAAGGCCUUGGAGGAGAACGUGAUACUACGAGACAAGCCAGUGGUGGACAAGUGCAGUGACAAGAGACAGUCCAAGGUUCUUGAUAUGGUUAAGAGUUUCCAGAAACUUGAGGUCAGCUGAUGUAGAAAACAUUUCAGAGAUUAAUUAGCAAAGUCUGCCUCUGAGCAGUUAACACAAACUGACCUCCCUCAAGGCUGAACCACUUACUUCCCCUGGUACACUUAACUCCCUGGAGGAUGUUAACCGCCAUGUUAGUUUGGGGACAAUAUAUUACCUGUGAAGAGGAAAAUGAUGUGUUGAAGACUAUACUGAUACAUGUGAUGUCUGGGAAAAAGAAUACACUUCUCAUCCAAAAUUAAGCUUAAAAGCUUCCAUUUUCUUUUCAGAUAGUGAAAGUAAUGAUAUGCUUACCUCCCCAUAGCAUUGGGUGAGCUUACCUCCCCUUACAAUGUGAUGUAAGCAUAUACCUCCCCUUGCAUGGUGCUGAGCUGACUACCCCUUCCUCAGACCAUGAACACUUAUAAGUAAGUGAUGAUCAGCACACCAGGACAUUAGACUAAACUACUGCAAAUUAUUUACAACUACAGCUAUUUACCGUUACAAUGAUCCAGAUUGUUUUGUGCCAGCUUUUAGUGUUAAAGGAAAUUUAGUGUCGUCUGCUUUUUAUUUUGAAACUUAGGGAACAUUGACUUGGAUGAUCAUGAAAUGUUUAAAGCAUGAUUGAUAUUGUUAUGAAAAAAUUGUUUAAAAUUCAUCAAUAUUUGAUUAUGUCAGUAAAACGCAUCAAAAAAGUGAUUGAGUCAACAACUGUUAAGGAUAUCAGAUAAUACCAUUAUUAUUUGUCAUGACAACACAAGAUAAAUGACCCAGUCUGGGCAUUUUGAUGCAUUUAUACAUUAUUGUCAUAGCUGCCACCACUGUAUCAUAGAAACUGGUAUACUGACUUUGUGUCUUGCAUUUUGGGUCAUUCCAUAUUGGUUGAUAUCGCAAAUCAUGUGAGGUAUCUGAAAAUUGUGUAAAAUAAGCUUUAGAAUGAACGUGUUAAUUAUCUUGAGUGAUCAGUGAUUACAAAAAUCAAAUUCUUUUGGAAGCAAGUCCUGCAUAUAAAAAUUGAUUUCUGCUGUCAGAAUUGUUUUGUGAACAAGUUGAUGAGAUGUCCAAAUAAGAGAAAUUUUGUACCGAAUAUUGAGGAAAGGUAAUGAUAUGUAAAUGUCAGUUUAUAUAUACAUUGUAUUUAUUCUUUAUUAUUAUCAAGUGUAAUCAUAUGUAAACAUGUUCCUUCUAACUAUAUGAAUUUUAAUUUAUGCCUUCUUUAAUUUACUGUAAAUGGAAAAAUCCAAACCAAUCUUUUUAUCUACAAUUAGGUAAAUAUUGGUUUACAAAAUGUUAAAUGAAAAAAUAAAAAGGCAUUUUUUUGCUCACCUGAAUAUUUCCUGAUAGAAAAGAAGUCUGAGCUUGUUGGUGUUGAAUAUAUAGAAGAACCAAAUAUAAAUUAACAGUUAAGAUCAUUCUUGUUGGCCUGGAUGGAAGCAUUCAAGGGAAUACCUGGGGGGAAAACCACAUGGUUGGACAUUGGUUCUGGGAAUCUAACCGCCACGCCUCAGUGAAAGGCAAGUACAUUACCACUGCACCGUCCAACCACCAACAAGAAGAGCUAUCGCUCUGCUGGCAUUAUAAUCAAUAUUGGAUUGAUUGGUAUCUAACAAAUCAUUAAAAUUGUUUGUUUCUAAAGUGCAAUAUAUAUAGCUAUAUAAGAUGUGUUAAUUGUAGUAUAAAGGUAGUCAUUAAUCACCUAAGUUUUUGUGUAUAUGUAGACUUAUUUUAGCUAUAUAAUACCGUCAGUAAUGUUAUCACUCACUAGAAGGUAGUCAUGGGUAGGCACAAUUUUCUUCUUACGUUAUACACAUAGGAAUCAGAUUAAUUUUAAUCAUCAUAUGCAUUAUUGAGAAAAUGCAAAGAUCUAUUUUCUCAUAGGAUAAAGUCUUAAUUUAAUUGGUUGACAGAUGAGGGUAAUCACUUAAGCAAUGUGAUGGAAGAAAAGGUUUAUAAAUCAGUGAGUAUUGGAAAAAGACAUUGAUAUUUUACUUUGCACAAAUAUUAUGCUUUAUUUGGCUAUAGGUUCUUGAUGGAUUUGACCGCCAGUGAAAUGUAAGACCUGUGUUGAUUUAUGAGAAAUGUUAGUCUAAGCUAAGAAGCAAAGAACAUCCAUUUUGUAAAUAUAUUUAUGUUAUUAGAUAUUAAAACAUUAUAAAAUUUUAACAUUAGUCAUUCAUUCAUGAAUCAAUGACCAAACCCAUAACAGAUACAGUAGAAAUCAAUGGAACGUUAAUUAAUGUGAAAGCUAAAUUAGGAUUUAAGAUCUAAACUGCUUACAUUAUCUAAAUUAGUAGGUCCAACAGGUACCAGGGCAGUGAUGUUUUUAGAAACGGUCAUAAAAGCAUACAUGCUUAUUGGAAUUAUUGUUGACAUUCUUGUCAAGUUUUGCAGUACAUAUAUUGUACUUGUUUGUUUCAUAUUUUCCUGUAGAUCUCAAAAAACGGCUUCGUACAUAUCAAGACGAGCAAUUUUUGCUUUUGUUUUUUUUUAAGAUUGAAGAAAAUCAGGUGUUUGUUAGUAUCUAUGUUCCAAAGACAUCCCGUUCCUGUUUAUAGGUAUGACCAAUUCUAUAUAGUCCUUCAUUACCUGUAAGUUUAGCUGUGUGUAAAUACAGGCCCUGUCCUUUUCGGAUAGGAAGUUUUGAGUACAGCUUGAGAAAAGCACUUUUUAUGAAGGCCAUAAUUUUAUUUUGGUCGUUUUGAGUACAAUUCUUCAUUAGAGGUCUCUCUCCUGAUUUCCAUGUCAGAAGGGAAUUUGUACAUUAUCAAGACCUUGUGAACUUACUUUUGUACAGUUAACUAUACCACAGCUUGCCAAAACUCUACCAUUUCAUAAUGGAUAGUUGGGUAGUAUGAAAAGGCAUUACAGCUACAUGUAGAUGACAUCAUUUAUUUAUUACAAUUAGGUUAGGCCUGUGUUUGAAGGAUUUGAUUGUCUUAGUUUUAAGUGUGUAUUUUUGUUAAAAAUUGUAUAUUAGUGAUUUGAAAGGAAAACUUUACAGAAUCAAAAUUUGAAGGUAUAUUCUGUGUACAAGUGCUACAAACAUAUUAUUUAACAACAUAUUCAAUUCUUGAAAAGAUUUGUCUCUGUCAAUCCCAAAUGAAAAUUUGAAAAGUUUUAUUUUAUAUUAGAGAUUUUAUCUAGAACGUUUUAACUUACCAAAGAAUUUAAGUUUUAAGUUGUCAAAAGUAGAUAAUUCAAACUAUGAUAAUUUAUCACUGGAUAAACAAGACUAAGGUUUUGAAAUUACAAAGAAAUUAUUUUUACGUAUGAUUAUUAUGUUUCUCGAAAUUCAUUGCUGUAACUUGGUGCUUGUCUAUUCAUCCGUCAUACAUAGGUAUUACUUGUGAAAGGACCUUCCUAAUACCAAAGAGAGCCUUAGGCUGUCCUGGCAUGUCUGUCUGGCAGUCCGUCUAUCUGGAUGUGUACACCAGACAAUAAUGAUGAAAGUACAAGAAAUAUUAGCUCUGUCCUUGUGAUAGACCAUGACAGCUAUGUUCAUUAUCCAUUGUCUGUAUGUAAAUAUAAAAUACAAAUUUAUUAAAAAAAAUACACAGUUUUUUA